AUGGUUCUCGCCAAGUCGAAGAAGACGUCCGGUUUGGGCAAUGCCCUCAUGAACGACCGCUUCGGCAAGGGUCGUGGCACGGACAGAAAGAAGGGCUCAUCCAUCACGCGAGUGAACCAUGCCACCGGAGAAGAGUACCUCACGAACGAGCGACAAGAGGCAGCAUGGGUCAAGAUGCGAUCGGUCACGGAGCAAGGCGCUCUCGACGAAUUCCUUGCGACAGCAGAGUUGGCUGGAACGGACUUCACCGCCGAGAAGAUGAACAACAUCAAGAUUAUACACACCGACCAGAAGAACCCCUAUUUGCUUUCCGGAGCCGAGGAGCGGGGUGUGAUUGCCAAGCAGAAGGCUCACAAGGGACGACUGACCGUACCGAGAAGACCGAAGUGGGAUGCGUCCACUACACCUGAAGAGCUGGACAGAGCAGAGAGGGAUAGUUUCUUGAACUGGCGCAGAGGUCUUGCUGAGUUGCAGGAGAACAACGAUCUGCUGAUGACACCAUUUGAGCGAAACCUCGAGGUUUGGAGGCAGCUUUGGCGUGUUAUUGAGCGUUCGGAUCUUGUGGUUCAGAUUGUCGAUGCGCGAAACCCACUGAUGUUCAGAUCCGAGGACUUGGAACAAUAUGUGAAGGAGAUCGACACGAAAAAGGAGAACCUCCUCCUCAUCAACAAGGCGGAUAUGUUGACGCUCACCCAACGAAAGACGUGGGCCAAGUACCUGAAGGAGAACGGUAUUGCUUACAGAUUCUUCUCUGCAUUCCUCGCAAAGGAACUUCAGGAGUCGAUGGAAAGCGACGAAGAGGAGGAGGAGGAUGAGCCCGAAGCCGGCAGCAGCUCUCAAGCCAAGCCCGCGGCGACGAAAGCUGAAGCUGACGAGGAAGAGUCAGAGAGCGAUGACGGAGAGGAAGGUGGUGCUGAGACAAGUGCUGAGGCCGGUGCUGAGACUACACAAGAACAAGUCGAGCUCGAAGAUGAGGACACAAGGAUCCUGACGGUCGAGGAGCUGGAAGAUAUCUUCCUGAGCCAUGCCCCUGAGAAUGCCGACCCUGGCCACAAGAUGCAGAUUGGUCUGGUUGGAUACCCCAACGUCGGAAAGUCCUCCACCAUCAACGCUCUGAUCGGCGCCAAGAAGGUGUCUGUCUCCUCAACACCAGGAAAGACAAAGCACUUCCAGACCAUCCACCUCAGCGACAACGUUGUGCUGUGCGAUUGCCCUGGUCUUGUUUUCCCCAACUUUGCAAGCACCAAGGCCGACCUCGUUUGCAACGGUGUCCUGCCUAUUGAUCAACUGCGCGAGUUCACCGGCCCCGCAGGCCUCGUCACUAGGAGAAUUCCCAAGCCAUUCCUAGAGGCUGUUUACGGAAUCACCAUCAAGACCCGCGCAAUUGAGGAGGGUGGCACUGGAAUUCCCACUGCACAGGAGCUGCUUGCUUCUUACGCUAAGGCUAGAGGUUUCCAAACAUCAGGUCUGGGUCAGCCUGAUGAGUCAAGAGCUUCCAGAUAUAUCCUCAAGGAUUACGUCAACGGCAAGCUGCUGUACUGCGAGCCACCGCCGAACACCGUCGACGGCCCAGAAUUCAACAACGAGCUCUACGACGCCGCCCACCUACCGGAGAAGCGUCGUGCGGCGCUGGCGGCGUCCCUCGACACCAUGUCGCUCGUCGGCGACGACAUCUCGAUAGCACCCUCUGAUCUGGCAGUGCUCCCUGCCGGCCCUAAGUCCAAGCAGAUUGACAAGGGUUUCUUCGGAGCCGGCGGCAGCGGUGCUGGCCACCUUAAGAUGCCAUUCAGCCACAAGUACACCGAGCAGGGCCAGAAGCAUUUGAGUGGGAGGAAAGCUCGUGCUAUGAUUGCUCUGGAAAACGGUGUUGACCCCAAGGACGUGCGCUUGUCCUCUGGCAAGAAGCACUUCAAGGGCGGAGCGAAAAGCAGGAAGGGCAAGAAGAAGGCCGAUGAGGAUGAUGAUUAG